GGAAGGCAGGGCCCCGAGGACACCGAGCGAGGGCAGGCGGGCCCCGAGGACACCGGCGCCCGGCAAUGGACAUCAUAAAAAGCGGCUGGUUCACCGAGACCUCCACACUGUGGCCGGGCCAAGCCAUGUCCCUGGAGGUGGAAGAGAUCCUCUACCACCAGAAAUCCCCCUUCCAGGACGUGGUUGUCUUCAAAAGCAAAACCUAUGGUAAUGUCUUGGUGCUGGAUGGUGUGAUACAGUGCACUGAAAGGGAUGAGUUUGCAUACCAAGAAAUGAUCGCAAAUUUGACUCUGUGCAGCCAUCCUAAUCCAAAAAAGGUGCUUAUAAUUGGUGGUGGUGAUGGUGGAGUAUUGCGAGAAGUUGUGAAGCAUUCCACCGUGGAGUCUGUAGCACAGUGUGAAAUCGAUGAGGAUGUGAUAAAGGUUUCCAAACAAUACCUACCUGGUAUGGCGGUGGGUUUCUCGAGCCCAAAGUUGAAACUCCAUGUCGGUGAUGGCUUUGAGUUCAUGAAGGAGAACCAGGAUGCAUUUGAUGUAAUUAUCACUGAUUCCUCAGAUCCAGUAGGUCCUGCUGAGAGUCUGUUUCAGGAAUCUUACUAUCGACUGAUGAAAAAUGCACUGCGUGAAGGUGGGAUCCUUGGUGCACAAGGUGAAUGUCAGUGGCUGCACCUUGAGCUCAUAAAAGAGAUGCAGAGGUUCUGCAAGUCCUUGUUUCCGGUGGUUGAAUAUGCAUACAGCACAAUACCUACGUACCCCAGUGGGCAGAUCGGCUUCAUGUUGUGCAGUAAAAAUCCUGAGACAAAUUUUCGGGAGCCAGUGCGGCAACUGUCAGCUGAGGAAGUGAAUAGGAUGCAUCUGAAAUACUACAAUGCAGAAAUGCAUCGGGCUGCAUUUGUUCUGCCAGAGUUUGCCAGAAAGGCUCUUAGUGAUGCAUAAAAGUAACUCCAAUUCUCGCUGUUAACUACCAUCAAUACUGGAAAGUGUUUAAAAGUUCUAUCAUCAAUCUAUACUGGAGCUGUUAUCUGCCAUCCAGCAUGUUAACCCUUUCCUGUCUUCAGAGAGGAAAACUGAUUCUACUGCUCAGAAGGCUAGGAAAUAGCAGCGCUUAAUAGAAGACUGAAUUUCAGAAACUUUUCAAGAAAAGACCCACCUGCCUUGUGAUUUCUGCCAGAACAUUAGGUGAUUUCUUAUGGAGUUGGUCAAGUGUACUUCCUGAACCUUGUGUAGUCAACUGACUAAUCAGUAACCUGGAUUUGUACACAUUUCACAUGACAGUGGGUUGCUGAGACCUUAAUCUGUGAUGGUUCUGGACUGGAAAGGGUUAAAAUUUUAACAAAAAAACUAAAUAAAAAUGCAACCAUCUAAUGUCUAGAACUUGGAAUUGUGUGAAAACUUUUAGCAUUAAGUGCUUGGGAACCAUGAAUCAAAAGAAUGAAAAUCCUGCUCAAUUUUGUCUUAACAGCAUGCUUAUUCUUUAAAAUAUGAUGCCGUCUCUAGUAAGAUUCACAACAGUUGUACUGAAUUAGCAACUCAAGGCAUUUGGCUAAUUAUGGAAUGGAUUGUGUCUUGUUUCCUCUUUCUCCAGAAUGUCCAUUUUCUCCUCCCUUCACCUUGAGCUCUUGCUCCGUUUUGUCUCUCUGUCUCCCCCCACCCUGCCCCCUGGCCUUGAAUGCAUUUAAAUCAUUGUGAGUAAGCUAAAUUCAGAGUGGCUUUCAUCUCUAUUUUUUCAUGCAUGUAAUGCUUUAUUGGCACACUCUUCAACUGCAAGCCUUUGUGAUGAAGCUCUCCUUUUCCAUUCCAGUAAAACCCAUAAUUUUGUAUGGUGAAGUGGGAUGGGUAGAGUUUAACCAACAUGUGGAAGCAUGUGUAAUAUUUCAUUGAGUCACAUGAAGAACAAAUUCCCUGGAUUAAUUGAACUUGAUGGAAAAUAUUAAGGGGGGAGGAGAGAUGGUGGUGAAAUGCAGAUAAUUGAUAACAGCUCUAAAUAAUUCUCUUGGCCUGAUACAGUAACAUUGCAGUCAACUUGAAACUUUUCAGAAGGGACAAGUGAAUUCCAGCAUUUGAUUGGGAUGGCUUGGUACACCUUAUAGUUUAAUUUAUUGGUUUAUAGGGCAAAGUUUCUUAAACUUCUAAAAUCUUGGACUAUUAAUUGCACUCCCUUGUUGGAGGGAAAGUCACGAGGGAAAUUUUAUUAAUUAUUGCCCAUUCAUAGUGGUUGUUUAUUUAAUGUUCUUUUAACAGCUGCUGUGUUAGCAGAGCUGCUUUAAUCAGUUUAAAGUGGGAGAAAGAUGUUCAGACAUUAUUAUCCCACAAUAUCAUUUAAAGGAGGCCUGCUGGUUUGGGCUCCUCCCCUGUGCUUGACCACUUUGACCCCAGUAAAAAGGGAGCAUCCUACCACAACUUCAUUGAAUGCCCUGGGGUCAGCAACUUAAGGCUAGUCUCCAAGGUGGUUUGAAAAACUGUUCUCCCAGCUGAGCAGCACCCUGCGACUUCUCUAAGUUUAGAAGAAAUGGGUUGGGUCUCAUUAAGUACAAUCUCCAUUACUUCAAGUGGAACUGAUGCUUUUCUAUGUAAUGGUUUAUGGAAGUACCAACUUUCCUUGAUCUCCAUUCAGCUGGAGAUCUAUUUUUCAUUAGACUAUUUGUAAUAGGCAAUAAGCUUUCUUUUUUUAGGAAAAAAAAGGAAUUUUUCUACCUCUCCAAAAAAAAACCAAUUGAUUUAGCCCAAGUACCAAGGGUUAUUUAUAAUUCUGCUAAUUCAUUGGAAGCAGAAUAUUAUGUGCUUGUUAUCAGCCCAUUUAAUGAAAACUGGAAUGUGAUCCCCAAAAUCUAGGUGUGGCAACCUCUGAAAUGAACAGGAUUUUAAUUUAUUAAGACCUUCGUUUAAAAUAAGUAUCUUUAAUCUGGUUUCUAUUUUAUGGAAAAUUAACCUAUCACAGAGGAAAUGCUUGAAUAUUUCAGAAGUUAAUACAAUAAAAAGGGAGGAUUUUCUCUACUCAGUCCCUGUCAGCCUGUCUAAUAUUUUAAAUCAAGCUAAUGUUUCUACUUGGAAAUCCAUGCAUUUGAUUCUGUUUACACUUGCACAAUCAAAUGUUGAUGUUUGAUUCAGGUCUUCCAGAGCCAAAUUAUUUUACAUUAAACUUCUAAAGGGGUAUACAGAAAGGUAGCCCAAUUGAUACAACAAUUUCCAGUGUUCCAAGGAAGUGACUACUUGGUAUUUCACUGAUAUUUCUUGUGGUACCCAACUGGAGAGUUGUACUUACUCUGACAGUCUUGUGCACCUUGCACUAUCAUUUCAGAAGGGAUACCACGGAUGGAUGAAGGAAUCACUCUUCUGAAAUGUGAACAAAAUUAACCACCCAGCCACUUCAUCUGCUACUUAUCCAGCCACUUCACUAGCCUGUCUAUAUAUCUCUCCUUGAAAUCUGCAGUCAUUAGUAUAUAUUAAGAAAAGCAUGGUGAACCCAAUGACAUGUCCCCCAAGUCCAAAAAAGGUUUCCCCAGUAUUAUUUACUGUCUUAGUCAAUCUUCUAUCCACACUGUAUCAGCCCCUUUUAUUUCAUUGUGAUAACUAGCCUGUUAUGUGGCACUUUAUUGGUCAAUUUUUGGAAGUUCAUGCUGCACAUCAACCAAGUUUCCCUUAUCAAUUCCCUAUUCCUUCAAAAAAAAACCUUUCAAUUACGUAGUUGUCUUACAGUUCUUUAAAAAAAAAAAUUACCUCAAUUAUUUGAGUACUUUCAGGGUUGCUCCAAAAAUCUGGUUAUUGUAAGACCUUUUCUCAUUGAGGAAAUUGUUUAUCUGAACGGGAUACAAUGGCCGUAGCUUCAAUUUCAAGAAAUGGUGGUGAGCACUGGCUUUUUUUUUCUAAAGUAGAAUUCAACAUUGAGGUUUCUUUGUAGCAUUUAAUAUUUCUAGACUCUACUAAGUUUGAUUUUAGUUGUCUGUAAUUCUGUAAAACUACAAUUGUGCCGGUCUCGACUUGGUUGCUGAUGACUUUUUGCUAAUGGACACAAGCUCUCAUGUCCUGUUGAGAUAGUUGUUUGGAAACCACACGGUUGAUAUGAAAGAUCAAAAAUGCCAGAGUAAAUGAGACCUGGAAUGCACUAGGGUCAAUCUCAAAGGAACUUCUUUGCAUCCAACUACACCUUAUCUCAGGAUACAGGAUACUGAUGUCUGAAGUACAGAAGCAGGACUGAUGUCUGUGCCCAAAUGCACUUCCAUCACCAUAAACACAAUUACCUGAAAAGAACCUAUGUAAAGUUUGAACUAUUGUGUGCAAUGCACAUUCUCUAAUCAGUAACAGAGUGUACCUCAACAUCCCUGGGCCAGCAGAUGUUUUCAGUGAUACUAAAAAUUGUAAAGUUACCCUAGUGGACCAUUUCUGAAGAAAUUGACUUCAUUUACAAGACUUGAGUAGAAAAGGCAUGAUAAAAUCACCAAAUACUGUUCACAAAUCUUUGAUCGGGGUUUAUUUGUUUGGUACUUAAUGCAAGACACUGACUUGCUUAUUAUUCACUGCUGUAGUUUUUGAUGCCCUCAAAUUUUCCUCUUCCCCCCACCCACUUGGUAAAUUAGUUCUUCACCAUAGGUCUCAAAAUUUAACAAAAAGGGACAGCUAUUAAUUUUUUUUCAGGGUCUUGGGGUGGCAUGGGGAAAUCAUGCUGUGGGAGGAGCCCUGCAAACGAAAAUGUUUAGAGUUCUGAAAAGAACAUGCAUGUUGAUUGAAAAAGAAGUCAGGUUAACAUUUCAGCACCGAAGAACACUCUCCAAAAUCUAAUCUGUUUUAUUACAGUCCCAGAUGAACUGUUCCUCUUAAUUCAUGUGAAAUGUUCAUUCUGAGAUGUUCUUCUAUUUUCAGUUCUGUGUUGGCUCCAAUGGGCUUGCAGCAUGCUGUUGUUGUGCAAGUAGUUGCUACAUAGAGAACCUGCACCAUUGGGGUGUGAUCUCUUCAAGGGAUUUUGUGGUGUUUGCUCACUGCUAUUUCACUGGCUUGUAUUAGCAAUAUAACACUUUUGAAAUGUGCAACUAAUUGUUGUAUUAUAUUCACAAUUUGAAUGGCUCCUUUUAUCUGGCUUGUUCAUUUUACGUGAGGUAGGAACAAAGCCUCAGUCCCAUUACUCAUAUGUGAAUGUUGACUUGAUAUCUCCAACGAGGUCAAAGCUACAGGGAAAGUUGUCUUUGCUCCUUUAUAACAAAAUCAGAAAAUCAUGAAUUACAAUUAACUAUACACCAAGUGUAUCAUUUUCACUAACACUAGAACAACCUCAAUCACCAUAGCCUUAAUUUGGCGUAGGAAGGGUUGGACAUCCAAAUGUUAUCUAUUGUGGAGUGAAUGUUUUGUUGGAGUCGCUUGAUUUUGCAUUCCAUCUGAAAAUGUUCUUGCAACUUCUGGCCAUUGUUUUAUCAGAUACCUAAUCAAAUUCUGGAUUUAUAUUGUGCCACAGUGUAGUGUUUCAUAUUUAUUCAAAUAAUUUGGUGUAUAAAUCUGACUGCACACUUUUAAUACUAAAGACAACAAUAAUUGUUCGUGGAAAAAUAAAACUUCAAACAUCACUUUUUCUCAUUU